AUGCAUGCUUGCCCUCUUCAUUGGAGUUGGGCGGCAAAUACUAGAGCAAACAUUUAUGGAAACUUGAGAACUAACAAGUUUUUUAAUGCCAAACCUUCGAAAAAGGUCGCUCCCGCUCCUUAUCCUGUCAAGAAAAAGGAUGGAGCCAAGUCCGUAAAAAAUCCAUUGUUUGAAAAAAGACCCCGAAAUUUCGGAAUCGGUCAGGAUAUUCAACCUAAGCGUGAUUUGACUCGCUUCGUCAAGUGGCCAGAAUAUGUGCGCUUGCAAAGACAACGCAAGAUUCUCAAUCAACGUCUUAAAAUCCCCCCGGCCAUCAACCAGUUUACCAAACCUUUGGACAAGAGCGUUGCCACCAAUGUCUUCAGAUUAUUGAAUAAAUAUCGCCCUGAAACCAAAGCUGAAAAAAAGAAACGCAUCGCCGAUGCUGCCGCCCUCAAAGCAGAGGGCAAGAAGUAUGAGCCCAAGAAACCAUAUGUUGUUAAAUAUGGUAUCAAUCAUGUCACCGCCCUCAUUGAAGCCCAAAAAGCCAAAUUGGUAUUGAUUGCUCAUGACGUCGAUCCUAUUGAAAUUGUCCUUUGGCUGCCCGCUCUUUGCCGAAAAAUGCAAGUGCCUUACGCUAUCAUUAAAGACAAGGCCCGUUUGGGAACUGUGGUGCAUAAGAAGACCGCUGCCGUCCUAGCUAUUGUUGAUAUCCGUGACGAGGAUAAGAACACACUCGGGAAUUUGACCAACUCAAUCAAGAUCAACUUCAACGAAAAGUAUGAGGAUACUAGGAAACAAUGGGGUGGUGGUGUCAUGGGCGUUAAAUCUCAGGCCAUGAUGGCUAAGAGGGAGAAAAAUGCUGGAAGGGAAAUUAAAAAAAUUGAGUGA